CUCGGCGGCGCGAUCUCGCCGGGCCGCGGCUGACGUUGGACAACAAAGAUGGCGGCGGGAAGCAGCAACUACUGGGAAGAUCUCAGGAAGCAGGCGAGGCAGCUGGAGAACGAGCUGGACCUGAAGCUGGUCUCCUUCAGCAAACUCUGCACCAGCUACAGCAGCACCCGAGACGGAAGGCGCGACAGGUAUAGCUCUGACACAACUCCUCUCUUAAAUGGGUCAAGCCAGGACAGAAUGUUUGAGACCAUGGCUGUGGAGAUUGAACAACUUUUGGGAAAGCUUACUGGAAUAAAUGACAAAAUGGCAGAAUACACAAAUAGUGCAGGAGUCCCUUCCCUGAAUGCUGCACUGAUGCAUACGUUACAGCGCCACAGAGACAUACUGCAGGAUUAUACACACGAAUUCCACAAAACCAAAGCAAACUUUUUGGCAAUACGAGAAAGGGAGAAUCUGUUGGGAUCAGUACGAAAAGAUAUUGAAUCAUAUAAAAGCGGGUCUGGUGUGAAUAACAGAAGAACAGAACUAUUCCUGAAGGAACACGAACACCUUCGAAACUCAGAUCGACUGAUAGAAGAAACAAUAAGCAUUGCCAUGGCAACUAAAGAAAAUAUGACUUCACAGAGAGGGAUAUUGAAGUCAAUACAAAACAAGAUGAAUACCUUGGCUAAUCGGUUUCCAGCAGUGAACAGCCUGAUUCAAAGGAUCAACCUUCGGAAACGACGGGAUUCCCUCAUCUUGGGUGGCGUUAUUGGCAUCUGUACCAUCUUACUGCUGCUAUAUGCUUUUCAUUGAUGGAUGUUACCCCACGGACUCUGCUAAACUCAUCAUCACCAUCCCUCCCCCCAGUCAAGGAAAAGUGAGUGGGGGAAGCGACAGACUUCAAAGGGCCUGCUCCUCAUGGCUGGGAGUGGCAGCAUGGUGUCUAGAGCUUAUGAUGGUAGACUGCGACACUGGGUUUGGGUUGAAGCUGCAGUGUUUCUCCUUCCCUGCCAUACAUCUUCCUUUGGUUAAAUUUUGUGGGAUUUGUUUGUCUUUAAUUCCCUUUCUCACUGCAAGGUAAGUAAAUAUGGGAUGCUUACCAGGACCGAUAGAACAGCUUCUGUGCUCAGCGGUGCUGAGGAGGUCUGUUGUUGGCUGGUAAGUGGAAAAAGAUUGUUAGGCUUGCCUGGGGUGGAAACUCAGCAGGAAGCCAGUUUCCCUCAUAGGCCAAGCACAGGACUGAACACUUUUGCCCUGUGAGAAUAUUGCAGCUUUAAGCCGUCAGGUUGCUUUACUACUAAAUACAUGUUCUGUAAUUCUUUUUAACUCAUGGUUGAGAUACUAGUUAUUUCUGCAUAAUUUGUGCUGUGAAAACUGUGCUUCACACAAAUUCCUCAAAGUAAAAAAAAAAAAAACAAAAAAACAAAAAACCAAACCCAAACAAAAACAAAAAACAAACCCAAACAAACAAAAAAACCCCAAACAAAAACAAAAAAAGGUUGUUCAGUUCAAUUUUUACACAGAAUAUGAAUAAACUACCCUCUGAGGAAGAUUGGUAAGGUUUCUUUUGGCUUUAAAGGGACUAACAAGUCCCCCUUUGUAAAAAGGGAGCAGUGUUCUAGCAGCUGUUUACUACAGUGUUCAGUCAUCUGAAAAGUGACCAAACGUGAGUUCACCUAAAGAUAGUCUUUUGGAUGUUAAUACUUUGAUUUUGGCUGGCAUCAUAGAAGUCUUUAUAAAGACAUGAUAAGCAGUUUGGAAAACCUAUAUUGUAAUUUAGAUAAAGUUAUUCUAAUAGCAUUAAUAUUUUUACACCUAAGUAGGAUAUAAUCUAAACUGUUAAUUGGAAAUGAAAAUUAUGACAGUCAUACCUCUGAGGCAAAUGUAUCUGCGUGCAUAAUUUUGGACUUAACUCCUCAUAGUAAAGAGUUGAAUGUAUGAAUAGUGAAACAAGUAUUAUUUACCAUUAUCGGGGGGGGGGGGGGGGGGGGGCGGGGGAGGAAAUUUUUUUUGUCCAGACAUGCAACAUGUUGUGUUUGCAUUUCUGAACAAAGCUGAUGUCAGGAAUGGCUUUGAUAUUGCAGAUUCACAAGUUAGAGAUUUUCCUGCUCUUUCAACAUCUCUUUUCCAUCUGUCAUAUCAUAACCCAGUAAAUUCAAACUGAGGCACUGAAGUAUCUUUCUAAGAACUUGAUUAACUCUUUUCACAAUCAGUUUACAGUGCUUCUAACAGAUUUCAUGUAUGCCAUUACCCACAAAUGUCACAUAGUCUCCAGGUUCUCCUCUGGAACAAAGUCUAGCAGGACGGCCACAAUUUUUUACUGCUUUUUAUAGUGUCUGUGAAGUACCUGUUGGAAGGAGUAGAGACUUGUGCCUGUGUAGUGUGCAAAACCACACUGUUGCGCCUAAAAUGUCUGUAUGGAUUUGAAGGCUUAUUUGCAGACUAAUAACUGUGCUAAAUAGUCAACAAAGGCUUCUAAUCGGUCAUCUUGUUGUUGGGAUUAGAAAACAUUGGAAUUAAUACAUGUAAAACUGGGAUUUGGUUUUUAAAUAAAGGGUGAUUAUUUGGUUAAUUUGGGAAUGUUCCUGAUUUGAAAUGAACUGUUCAUUAAAGGGGCUUAUGAAAAACCUUGAUGGAUAAGGAGGUUUCUUAAUGAUCUGUGUGUUGGGAAAUCAAACCUCUUCUUCCCAAUGCUUUUUCUUUGAUUCCACCACCACCCUAAGGAACCCUGAUCAGCAGUUGUGCUUCUGUUUAGGAUUUGUAGGAUUUGGUUGCUAUAUAGUUGGCAAUAUGAGAUCUGCAGUACCGUAAAUAAAUUCACUUAUUUAAUCUUAUAA